AUGUCAAGCCCAAACUACCCAAUUGUCAAAAUUGACUUGUCGCUUGAACGGCGGACGGCUAGGGACGUUCUCACCGCCGUACUGCACUCCAUCCUGUUCCACCGACUAUUUGGUACAGUGAAACCGGAGAUACGAGAGGUGCUAGAUGUAUCCAUGCCUGCCGUAGACGAUCCUGAGAUUAAACAGCUCGUCGACCUAAAAGUGGACGCAUUCUGGAAGGGUGUCGAGAGUGACGUGAAUAAGCGGGGCGAGUUCAUUGUGACGUUCUCGGAGAAGCGACCCAGGAAGUCAUGGUUUCUGAUUAGUGAAGAAGAGGUGCCAUGGGAACAGUGGGUCGUCAACGCUGAAAUCCGGCCGCCCAUCCCUGAGAGAGAACGUCAAAAAUACGACGCAGACCUUGCUUCUACCCUGGCGAAGAGUCUGCAAAGUAUGCUGACGCAUACAUCCUCUGAGCGCGGUCGGUCAGCCGUCCCGCUCAUCACCAAUGCCCAGGGGAUCUCUCCAUUUCCCGUAAAAAUUGUCGUUAAAGUUAAUGGUACCGAAGUCAGCGGGUGACUACGCUCGGUCGCGGGCGUAUGGUGUCGCGUCCGUUCUAUCGUUCGGACAGUCUCUGCGUGGCUCCUACGCCACGUUGUUUCGGCUUGGCUGUUCAGUUAAAUGGGUCAUGUAUAGAUAUGUGUAGUAGUUUGUAUCGCCUAUUGUUACAACUGGUCGUGUGCUGUGGAAAACAUGCGAAUCUAAACGUAUUUGUGCU